AUGAAGCUCGCUACUAUUCUUCUUGUGGCCGCAGCUGCUGGUGUUCAAUGCCAGACGUUAAGCAGCGCCACUUCUACUUCAUCCACUGCGAGGGUCACUGGACAACCUACGACCACCACUGCUAGCGGCCGCUCAAGCUCUACCACUUCGGCUCGUCCAUCCUCUACCACAGUGGUUAAAGCUGGGGCCGGAAGAAAUGCCAUCGCCUCCGGAGCUGGCUUGGCUGCCGUGAUGGCCCUUGGUGCCUAUGUCGCGUGA